AUGCAGCCGCAGGCAGGAACGGGUAGCCCGAGCCUGCCUGGCCCCCAGCGCUUUGUCUCGGCGGAGCCCCCGCCGCCCCGCUCGCAGGCAGGUGAUCUGCGCGGGUCAAAUUCCCCCGGGGCCGCGCCCCGCCCCGCUGCCCGGCACGCCUGGCUGCCCGCUCGCUGCAGGCAGGCAGGCAGCUGCGAUAAGGAUCGGCAGCGCGUCGGCAAGGCGGCAGCGCGCGGGCAGGCAGUGACCUUGCCGCCGCCGAGAGUCUGGCAGGCGCAGGCAGAACCCGGCACCCUCCCGCCGCCAGAGGGCGCCCGCCGCUGGCAGCCGAGCGGGGCGGGGCCGCCCGCGCGCGCAGGCUCGGCCGCUCGCCGGGCGGGAGCGGAGGGAGGGGUCCCGACGGGAGGGGCGGGGCCGCUACCCAGGGGUGGGCCCCGCCCCCCGGCGUUAACCCCGCCUCCGCGCCACGGUGUCCGUCCCCCCCCCCAGGGGCUGGGCUCGCCUGUGGGGCCGGGACGCCGGCCACUCCCCCUGACCGUGGCCACGCCCCAGCCCCCACUGCCGUUCCACCCUCCUUGCCAGCAGGGCAGCCCUUGGCCCUACCCCCCCACCCCGCCCUGGCCACGCCCCCAUCCCGACCACGCCCCCUUCGUCCCCGCAUCCCCGGCCACGCCCCCAUGCCACCCUGUCCCCGGCAGAGCGGUGCCGCUGGCCUACGCGGAGGUGGGGGGCCACGGGGACCGGCCGCCCCUGGUGCUGCUCCACGGGCUCUUCGGCAGCCACGGCAACUUCCAGGCGGUGGCCAGGGCGCUGGUGCGCCGCGGCAGCGGCAAGGUGCUGACGCUGGACGCCCGGAAUCACGGCGGCAGCCCACACAGCCCGCUGAUGACCUACGAAGCGAUGAGCCUGGACGUGCAGCACCUCCUGACCCACCUGGGCAUCACCAAGUGCAUCCUCCUGGGACACAGCAUGGGGGGCAAGACGGCCAUGACGCUGGCCUUGCAGCGGCCAGACCUAGUGGAGCGCCUCAUCUCUGUAGACAUCAGUCCCAUCUCAACCGCACCAGUCUCCGAAUUCUCUGCCUACAUCUCUGCCAUGAAGUCAGUGAAGAUCCCGGAUGGUCUGCCCCGCUCUGUGGCCCGCCAGAUGGCUGACGAUCAGCUGCGUCCAGUGGUCCAGCUCCCGCAGCUGAGACAGUUCCUCCUCACCAACCUGGUGGAGGUGGAGGGCCGCUACAUCUGGCGGGUGAACCUGGAGGCUAUUUCCCACCACUUGGCAGAUAUUAUGAACUUCCCCACCUUCCACAAGCCGUAUCCUGGCCCUGCACUCUUCUUGGGAGGAUCCAACUCUCCCUACAUCAGCUCCAAAGACUACCCGGAGAUCCAGCGCCUCUUCCCCAAGGCGGAGGUCCAGUACAUCAAAGGUGCAGGCCACAUAGUCCAUCAGGAUAAAUUUGAAGAAUUCAUCACUGCUGUCCUCAAUUUCCUGCCACCACCAUAGUGCUGGGGACCAGGGUUUCUGCAAGCACCGUGUGGGACCUGAGGAGCCCCGGGCAGUGAUGUGGGGCUCUGUGAGAAGGGGCUCGGCCUGGACCGGCUGCCCACUUUGCAGUCUGAUCCUGCCUGGAAAGCCUUCUCUCACUCUGGGUCACCUGGAGCUGGAGCAGAGCAGCACCUCCAUCCCACUGACCUCUCCUGCCACCUCACAGGGACAUGGGGUGGCAGUGGCCCAGGACACUGCCCUUCCUGCGCAGCCUGUCCUGCCCGAGCUGGAGUGUCUCGAACACUAGGAGGAGGCAGGAGAGCCCUCUCAUUUUCCUGCUGCCAGACCACCUGGUUGUGGAUCUGGCUAUGACUUUGCAGAACAUGCAAUAAAGCUGAAUCCAUGCCAA